AUGAUAAUUGCGAAUGAAAAUAAACCUCUGUUAAUGCCAACAAUGACAACGGAAGUUUUGAAUGAACCUGAGGAGAUGACUAAAGUCGAAGCGCACGAUGAAGCCAGUGGUGAAAUAGGGUCGUCUCCAGUGAUGGACAUUGCAGAGCAAGAAGAUGGCGAAGUUAGUGACGCUAGUUCUGCAGUAAGCUACUUUAUGCUAAUUUUUUUAAAUAUCGCAUGGGAUAAGAUGGCGAAUGAUGAGGGUGAAAUUGUUGAACAUCGAGGUGUAGCAGAUGAUGAACAGUCGACGAAAGCGGCAUCUGUGAAAGGUGAAGAUGAUCCAGAUGAGGAAAAAAAAUCGACGCUUCAGAAAUUAAAAAGCAUGAAGUUUCGCGCAAAAACUAAAGUGGCUGCUGGGAGUCCUAUGCAUGAGAGGAAGGAUCGUGAGAAGAAGGAGAGACAGACACCUAUAUCUACUCGUACUGCUUCUCCGAGAAGGGACAAUGAGGAAGACCGCAGGUUGAGAAAACGUCGUUGGGAAGAGCACAUCGUUGAGGGGCGUCCAUCGCCUCGGGGAGAAGUGCGACAGCGGUCGUUUGUUCGUGAACCACUCUCUCCUGUGUCCCUCAGGCAAAACGAACCGCAGAAAUUAGUUGACAAUCCUAGUACUUUACGACCGCGUGUGGAACAAGUGGUAAACAUUACUGAGCCCGAGAUUACUGCCUUGUCAGAUUCGGAAUUGCGUUCGAUGAUUGCGCGUAUGUGUGAACUGGAAAAAGAGCAACUACGGAUUUUUAAUGGUCGUUUGAGGCAGAUUGAGACUUUACACGGUUUUUUUAAAACUGCUAAAGAAGAUGUUGACCGUCUUUUUACUGUUGUUCCUCCUCACAUGCGGUCGGACAUCUUACAUUUACCUGGUUAUCCUGGAUCUGUUAGUAGACGUGAGGAAAGUCCCGCAGCAGCGAUAAAUGGCAUUCCAUCUCAGCAACUUAAUGGUGGGAUGCGAGGAAUGCCAAUAAACAACCGGCCUUCUAUCGCUGCACCUUUUGGCCCUCAUGGAAUACCUAUUUCUGGGAUAGCUCCUCCACCUGGUAUGCCUCCGAUUGCUCAUGGUAUUCUGCCUCCCCACAAUAUACCACCACCUGUUAUGGGGCCGAUGCCUGGUUUGCCACCAAUGAGCGGGAUGAUACCCCCUCCUGGUAUAGCUCCUCCUUCUUCUGGUGCACCUCCAAAUGGUCCACCAAUCAAUUCUCAAACCGGAAAUAGUGUUCCAGGACCGUCAUCAUCUGGUAUUAUUAUUAUAAGUUCAGUAACCUUUGAUUCAGUGAAUGAAGCAACUGACGUUCGCCCUGGUACUGGUAAUGUAGUACCUUCUACGAGUCAGCCUUCUCAGGAGCAACCUCCAAAUUCUCGUACUGCUUUCCCAGUUGCUCCUUCAUUACUGAAUAGAAACCAACCCACCGCUUUUGCUACAAACCCUCCAACUGCUGAUAACACACAACAAUCCUCAUCGGGACCACAGUCUUUUUUGAGUAUGCCACCACCGUCAUCUCAUAUACAACCAGGACAUUUUGGGCCAGCGGCAACUGGUGUAUCGGCGACGUCGUUUGGACAAGUUGUCACUGAGGCUUUGGCACCUGCAUCGGGAAUGCCAAACUUAAGUAAACCUCCACCGUCUUUUCCUGGAGCUACUUCAAGCUUGCCUCCGAAUUUUUCUGUUCCUCCUCCAAGUUCUACUGUUGCGUCUUCAUCGGUUGUCACUGGUGCUUCUUCGCUCACAGUGACAUCAGUGUCCAAUUUAAAUGUCCAAACGAGUUUAUCAUCUUCGCAUCCUCCAGGUGCGUCUUCACCGACAAGAAAUCCAAGGAAAUCGCCAAUUCCUGCCACGACAGCGUUGCCGCCCGUAAACCUUUCCGUUCCUCCUCCCAUGUUCAAUCUUCCACCUCCACGCAGCGGUGUUCCGUUUACCACACCACCGCCUAACACAACCAUGCCUCCUCUGAACCGACCACCACCUGGUACUCAGUGCACCGUUUCAAACUUGGUUCCUGGUGGAGUUCCUAACUUGGCUAUGAAUAUGCCUACAGCUAUAAAUCUCACUAGUGCUCCCUUGGCGGCGCCACCAAAUUUGAGUCAACCACCACCAAACCUGAGCUUCCCACCACCAAGUAUUCGUCAGCCAACUAAUUUGGGAACGCCUCGUCCAGCUAUUCCGUUGAGCUCCGGUGCGGCUGCGACUAUACCGUCUGCAACCGCUUUGCCGAGAAUGACAGUACCUCCUCCAAAUAUAACUACAUUGUCAGUCCCUCCACCCAGUACUGGUGCUAAGAAGUUACCAGCAGUUGAUUUAUCGAGUGGAUCUGGUAUCGGAACAUCCUCAACUGUUUUUCAUAGCUUUGCUUCACCAUCACAACAAAGUAGUCAUUUUACAAACCGGACACUGGCAACCGUGAAUGUGGAAGUACGAGAUGUCUCAAAAAUAAAGUUGACGGGAGAAAACAAUCGUUUGAUUACGGUUUCUGACGAAGAAGAGACUGGAAAGUGA